AUGAGGCAAGAACCACAAUCGAUGGUGAAACCAAUCGUGAAGGCCAGUAUCUGUGGAAAGACAAACUGUCAAGUUAUGCUUGAACUUGUCAUUGCGGAGUUAAGAGCAGGAGAUUACCGUAGUAGAAUGCCUGAUGCUGCUGCUAAGAAAAGAAAUGAGAACAAAUACCUUGAGUUAGUGGGAGAAAAUAUUUGUUGGGAUCCAGAAAUAACUAACAAAGUUGGUUAUUUUCGUAAACUAUGGGAUUUGCUAGAACAAAAUUUUGGUGAACAUGAUGUUGAGCAGGAUGACCGCUAUUCUCCCCAUAUGCUUGGCCAACAUCUCCAGCAGACUCAGACUUCUUUAGCUAGCAACGAUGACACAGUAUUUGACCAAAUGCAAGAAGAUCAAAGUGUUGAACCAAUUACAGAUGUGCCUACCAAUCAAGGAACCCAACCAGCAAUUCGAAACAUAUUAAACCGCCGCCCUCCAAGAAGAAGAAGUAGCUUUGAAACACAGGUUGAGAGUGGAUUUCAACAAAAAUUACCAAUUGAACAACUUGGAGUAUUUUGGGUGGCAGCAAAUAAGCCGUUGAAGAAUGAAGUAGAUGUCCGUGAAGCAUUUAUAAAAUUGGAGAGUGAAGAAAUUAAGAUCAGAUAUUUGGAGAGUUUAGUUGGCAUAGAUAGAUACGGGAACCCAUGCCCUCAUGUUGAUUUGCUAAUGACAAGUCAAAACCUCUUUCAGAAUGUUGGAAUGACUGGAACUAGUUCAAUGGGAAUUGAAACUGAUAGAACUCAUUUCAUGGGAUUACUUGGGAUGCAGUCAUCUGAGUUAAAAGAAUCAACAAAAGAUACAGCACGUGUAGUUCAUAUACAUGAUGAUGGAAAUUUACGUUCUCGUGGAAUUGAAAAUCUAGAAAAGGAUGAGUUAGUGGAGCUUAUGUUAUUGGAAGAAGAUAAUUUAUGCAAAGAUGUCGAUUUUGAGGAAGCGACUACAGAGAAUAAUGGUGUGCAUAUGAAUCAAAGUGAGAACGAUUCAGAUGAUGAAAAUGAAGUACGAGGAAAUGAAGAAGCAGUUUAUAUGAAGAUCGUUCGAGAUCAGAUUGCUACACAAUUUUGGUCAGAUAAAAGACUUGGUUCUCGUCGGCAAUAG